CUCUUACACUAGGCUUCAGUCAACAUGUCAAAUGUGUCAGCUGUCAAACUUACAAUUUUACACAUUUUACAUAACUGAUUCCAAAACAGUCCUAAUUUCCUUCCCGAAUUAAUUGGCCAAUAUGGCAAGUCUGGUUCGCAUCGGCGUGUCCCGUUUAGUAAACGCCAAUAGUUCGAAAAAUUUAUUGUUUACGAAAACCGAGUUCAAUUUAGUCAGAACAAUCAGCAGCAAACUAAUAAGAAGUAAGGAUACGGACAGGCCCCCAAAACCACAACCAUGGAAUUACAAUGACAAGUCCUACACUAUUCUGAACUACUGGACUGAUAGAACAACGUCCCGGCUUGAUGAAAAUUCAAAGAUCAUUGUAGUUGAAGGGCCUGUAGCUGCAGGCAAAACAAACUUCGCUAAAACCUUAGCUGAUGAACUCGAUAUGCUUUAUCUACCUGAAGCUAAUUUGGACAUGGUUUAUAUCAAUCAGUAUGGGUAUGAUUUAAGACAGCUUGAUGAACAAUUACCAGAGCCAUGCAGAAGUUUUGACAUUAAAGACUUUCUUUUAAACCCCAAACAUAGAAACACUGCCGCUUUCCAGAUUCUGCAGUAUCACACAAAGUAUUCACAGUAUAUUGAUGCUUUGGCUCAUUUAUUAAGCACUGGACAAGGAAUUGUCCUUGACAGAUGUUGUUUUUCAGAUUUUGUAUUUGUUGAGGCGAUGUACAAGCAGGGUUAUUUGUCAAAGCCAGCUUAUAAAGCAUACUAUGAAAUUCGUAGUAAUACCAUUACUGAGCUACUCAGACCACACUUGGUGGUUUAUCUCGAUGUACCUGUACACACAGUUCAGGAAAACAUCAAAAAACGUGCUAUCCCAUCUGAAAAGAACUCACAAGUACUCACCCCCCAGUACUUGUCUGUAAUGGAGAAAACAUACAAACAAAACUAUUUAAAAGAAAUUAGCAAACAUGCUGAACUUUUAAUUUAUGACUGGUCUGAAGGUGGUGAGGUUGAAAUAGUGGUUGAAGAUAUUGAGCGAAUUGAUUUUGAUUCAUAUGAUGUGCAAGAUCCAAAAAUGAAGGACUGGAGACAUCAUUCUGAAGAAGAUUGGGGCGUGCUUAGGAAUAAGUAUGCUGACAAGAAGGAUUCAGUGUUGGCAUACUUUAAUGUCCCGGUUUUUAAUGUCCCAGAAUUGAUGAUAGAAGCUGAAGAUGCAAAGCAUUAUUAUGAUAUCAUACAAAGUGCACCUGGAGAAGUGUAUGAACCUGGUUUCAAUGCAGCCAUGGGUGAUUCUGUAUUAUUCAAAGCCAAGGGACAACACCGCAACACACUGCCACAUAGAGAAAGAAAUUUAGAGUAAAUUAGACCAGAUCAAUAUUUAUAUUGUAUGUUAUUUUCGCUCUAAGUAAAGAAGUGUUAUUAAAAUUUUUCGUAUGUAUAUAAAAAUCUACAUUGUAAUAACACAAUUAUUCCAGCAGGUUUAAAAAGUGUUACAUGUGUUGAAUAAAUCCUCACUUCUAAAACAAA